AUGGCUGCGGGUGCUGUCCAACGGUAUCUGAGUAAAGUGGCGUCGUGGUUGCGCAUCCCAGCCGCGACCGUCGUACCCCCGCCGAAGGUUGACUUCUCCAGGUUGUUGGAAGAUAGGACGAAGACGCCCGUGUCGUUGCAGGAGUACCACGAUUAUCUGGUCACCCGAGAAUAUGGGGCUGAGUCGCUUGAUUUCUGGCUUGCCGUCGAGCACCUGAAGACGGGCUCAUCCUCAACGCCAUCAACCCCUACGAGCCCCGGGAUGUGUAUGACACCUGCCAACUCGUCCAAGGCGAUCAUCCUCUCACUUUCCCCUCAUGUCCUGGACUUCAACCACGAGAGUACUAUCACCGUUGACUCCGACGUCUCUACGGCUCUUCAUCCCAAGUAUGACGACCUGACGUCGGUUGCGAGUGCCGUCGAUUCGAUCAUAUCUCGCUUCAUCGCGUACAACUCCCCAGAGGAGAUCAAUAUCGACGCUACAGUCCGGAACGAUAUACUGGACGCAUACUGCGCAAACACUCUCACUCCUGCCACAUUCGGCACCGCGCAGCGGAAUUGCUACGAGCUUAUGCUCUUCAACUCAUUUCCGCGCUUCCUCGCGUCCGAGCGCGUGGUCGGCAACAUUGGCCGCGAUGAGUUGCUGGGCCGCAAGCUCGAGCUUGCGCUGAUGACGUUCGGCACUGUUGCGCUCAUCGUGUGCGCGUUUACAGUACCCGGAUUUCCGCGCCGAUAUAGGUGGGUGUUGCUCUUGACUUCUGGAUGGAUGUGUCUAGCGUGCUUCCAAAUUGCAGCCAACUUCUGCAUCGUCUAUGGCUUGCUACGCCGUGCGCGUUGGUUCGGCGUCGGGCUUUACGGUUUCCGAAAACCACGGGACAACUCAUACAUCGAAGAGCCGUGCGUUCGCACAACCCAUCUCUAUCGCACCUUGGUGUUCCUUGGUAUCUCGCUAUGCUUCGGCACUGCUUUCGCUGGCAUCAUUUACGCUAUACCGGCGAACCUGCAUUAA